CAAAGACCCAAAUUCGUGUUACACUAGCACAGCAAAAUGAGGACAGAGCGGCUCGUUCUUCUUUCUUCGGUGUCGUUCUUUUCAUCGACAUGUGCCUUUCCAACUAGCUCAGCGAGACUAGUCGUGGAAACCUUGUCCGAAACCCAUUGGAAAGAUGUUAAACGUCAAAAUUCAUACCAGGAUAUGAUCUGCGAACGCAACGGAGAUGGUACCGACAGCAUUGGUGGCUACCGUACAGAAGGCUAUGCGAUCGCAGACUUCCUCGAGAAGCUUGGUGGCGGAAAUCAGGACUGCACGCUCGAGCGUCCUCCUAACAGCGGAGCAGGCGUGGUUGCCAUGAUCGGGGGAACAGGUGGAACUGAGGUGAAUAUGUAUUUCACAGAAAGAAAUCAGCAGCAAGUUCGUGGCUACAGAGCUGCGCGAACUAAUACAGACGUGCACAAAGAACACGAAGAAUCGCAUUCGUGGUAA